GUGCCUGGCAGCCAUUUUGAAGACAGCUAUCGCACACGCCGCAACUCGACGGAGCCAACCGUUCCUAGUUGGGCCGUUUCUUUUUUUUUUCCCCCUCUAACUCACCAAAGGAUAACGUACGAACAUGUCAACGGACCACUUUCAAACGAAGUACGCCUCCUUCAUGGAGGUUCUGGUGAAAAGUACUAUUACGGAAACAACCAAACUUUUCGAAACGGUGGUUGACGAAUUAAAGGCAGAAAUAUCGAAGCUGAAAGCGGAGAACGAGGCCCUCAAACGUAACAGACAAAAGGCGGAAGCGAGAAGCUUUGCGAUCAGUGUUCCCGGCCAAAGGAGCCGUUCGACGAUGCAGGAUUCAGCAGUUCAGUGUGACCUCGGCCAACUUUUUCUACUGGUGGAACCAGUGGGACAAAUCCUAAAUGACCAAGGCAAACAGUGUAAUGAAGAGGAAACGGUGUACCUUCUGCUAAACGACGAUGACGCUGCUGCAAAAGAAGGAAAUUCCAACCUCAAGACAGUUUCGCUUUCAAACCAUAAGGAUUCUGAAGCCGUAUUGUGCGCAGUUGCAGAUCCACCACCAGCAUCUGCUCGUGGAAACGAAACCAACGGCCCUGAGAUUGAUCGGCAAUGUUUAAAUGAAGAGCUCAGAAGAAGCCAUGACACUCAAAUGACCAAAGUUUACCCUUGUCCGGAGGUGGAUCACAGUUCACGUGCGGUACAGAAAGACUCAAUGGAGGUAGUAAAUUAUCUUAACUUAGUUGCUACAACAAAAGACAAAAUGGAAGUCAUAGCCAACGCUGGACAAAUAUUAGCUGGGUUGGGGAGCCGAGAGUCGGAGGUGUCAAAGUUUCAAAUGAAGCUACCGUCAUUGGGGCAACAAAACACUCAGCCAACAACGCUGUUGGACCAACCGCCGGAAGAAGAGCAAAUCAGAUGUUUGACGGAAGAUAAAGCCAAGUGCGACGCACAAGAGCAAGUCAACAAAAACAGAAGAAAAAGAAAACAGCCCUCAGACAAAGUGAAACACCUGCCAAAGUUCCCAACGGAAACACUUUUGCUACCUUCAGCUGGCGCCGCAUCGCACGACGGAGUGGAGAAUUCAUCUCCCACAGCUUCGUCACCACCUCCCGGGGUACGCGAUAGCUCUGCGAUGCUACAGGAUGCCAUGCUACUGGUUGAAGCCAUGGAUCAGUCAAAGAAUCGGACCCCCACAGGAGAAAACCAAGACCAGCGCACUCUCGAUGGAAGCGACGAGGACGCGCGAGAGGAGUCAGCAAACCAAACACUUUGUGACACUUACCCAACAGAAUCCAGCAAUUGCCAAUCUCCCACGAGCGUUCAUAGCCGCCAGCCAAAACUUGCUUCUUCUGACGUCACGCUAACGUUGACUGAUACAGCAAGCAAGUCACCCGAGCAGUGCUCGCCGAGCAUACUGGCGGAAGCGGUCGAGAUAACGGCGGGCUCGGGGCUGGUCCCCAAAAAGAUUUUUGUUUUUUCCAAAUCGCCGUCCACUCAUCCACAAGGUACAAUUGCCCCGCUGUCCCCAAAUCAGAUUUCAGCUGUCGUGUCCACAGUCGCCGCCGCCAAAAACAAGUCGUCAUCGGAAAUUUCCCAAAGAAAAGAUGACGCGAACUCUACGACGGCCGCUCCCCUCGUCACGUCGAAACCAACAAUGGAAAAAAGCUCUGCCCCGACAGUGUGCAAAAAAAUUACAAUUAUAAUUCGGAGAGCUGCAGAUGUCGCCGCAAGCCCUCCGCAACUGUCCGAGGUACGAGUUGCACCCACGAACCAAAGUCCGGUCGGACCUGCCGUAGUGAUGUCAUCGACACUGCAUCCAAACGCGGGUGCUCCGGUUACUUUAGAUGAAAAGGAAACGCCGUCGCUGAGCGAUCAGACGUCAUAUUUUUUCUCCCGGUUGCCAUCGCCGCAACCGUCACAGCCGACGAGCGUUUGUAAAAGUCCAGAAAAAACUCCCGCGGAACAAUCGCCAGCCUCGCCGUUGUCGCAACUGACAGACGUUUGCCAAAAUUUAGAACAAGUGGCAACGUUGUCAUCUGAGGGCGCAACGAUAAACUGCCCGUCGCCAUCGCCGCAACCGGAACCUUCAUCACAGCCGACCGGCAUUUACGAAAGUUCACAACUACCUCCCGGGGAAGAGUCGGCCGCAUCAUCAGCAGCAGCAGCAGCAACAACGGCGAGCGGACCUUCCGAGAGUCUUCCACUCGUUCCGGUAAUUAGAUUGAAAAAGUUGUCAGAUCUAGAAGUAUCCACUGGACCAGUUUUGCUUUCACAAUUGCUUACUCAUGAAAGGGAAUCUGAAGUUGUCCCGCCAGACAGCAGCGAGCAGGCGUCGCAAACGACAAUCUGUCCAUCGGCAUCAUUAACAGCAGUUGCUGAAACUUUAAACGUCCCCGAGACGUUGCCGUGCUCGACUUUGAAAGAGGCACCAGACUUGGAGAAAACAAUCGUGGACUUUAACAAGGUUGAUUUGCCAACUGUAUCUGACCGAUUGUGUCAAAGUUUGUGUCUGGAUGAGGACGUCAUCACCACUGCAACUGCAGUGCAGGGCUUACAAUUUCCCGUCGUCAUCAAGGACAGAUGUGAUCCUCAUUUGCAAAUGAGCAAAACUCAGUUCCUCGCACAGUUGUCCGUGACACCUGUAAUCCAAGACGCCCAAAAGAUGUUGACCAGUGAGUCUGCAGAUGCCCAAAGUUCCUGUGAAGGGACCAGCACAGACCCCAGGACUAAGCCACAGACGAUGUCCUUUUUGGCCCGUCUGGGAAUUCACCUGAGAACACGCUCGCAAGCUAAAGAAGCAGAAACAAAUCCAAAGCCACUUCUAGAAAAAAUGUACAGCUCCAAGAAACCAAGAUUGGAGAAUGUUAGUACAAAUGAACAGGGGUCCAGCCAUGAGCCUAUUCCUGGGCCAGAAAGGGACUUUUGUCAAGUAAGUACAGAUAUCGAUUACCCUCACAGUCAGACUACAUUUGAGCCCGUGUCUGUCAUCCCCCGCAAACCCAUCGUAAAUGUGUGUAGGUUAGCUCUUAAAGACGCUACGGACGGCGUAGCAAUUGUCGCCCCGCCGCCAGACGUCGAAAGAAACCUAAGCCCAACAACAAAACACGCAUUGGACAGCCUAAAAAUGGGACAUACUAUUGAAUGCGAUUCAAUAAAUUCCAUGGCUGAAAAUUCUGCAAGUAAACCAUCCGAAUCAGGUCCACGUUCAAAUUCGACUACGACCGACCUAACGACGGCAAAAUUAGCCCUGCUCUGCGAUUGUACGUCCGAUCACGUUGCCUCUGGAGAUUCGUCUCCGAGUCCCGGGUCAGCUUUGCCUCAAGACGAACCCGGUGCGAGACACCCCGCUGCCAUCACGACAGAGCCGAGCGCAAGUCGGGAUACGGAAAGCUCAAACAAGUUGGGAGCCGCCGCUGUGUGUCUGAAAUCCACUAAAGCCAUCAGCGGCCCUCUGAAGAGCAAAUUCCCGGCCGAGAAUCGUAAGAGCUUAGUCAGUCCGACUGCUUGCGCUCUAAAUACCAACGAUCGCAGACCCUCCACUUGUGACUCUCUCGGUGGUUGCAACUUCUCAAAAGGAGAACAAACCUCAAAACUCGGUGAGUCCAACUGGUCACCGAGGAAAACUCCCCAAAUGCCCAAAUGGGUUAAAAACGCUGGCGCUUCAAAUAAGACUGGGGAAAGCAUUGCCAACAAGCUGAGACUCAAUCUAAAAACUCCCGUGCAAGGAAAUAACAUCAAGAUGCAGAAUAGCAAAGCAGCAAGAGCGAAGCAUGUGCUGAAAGAUACGCAAACCAAAGUGCAGAAAGCGAAGCAGCUCAUGAACCAUCGUAGCGGCGGCACCACGGAAACCAAACCGCUUUGCGCUUCUCCGAAAGUACGAGUUAGCAAAAGCAUGCACGUCAGAGCUCCGACUGUCGUGGCACCCGCGCAGCCUCGAUCCGUCGUGGGUAAGAAGCUGCUGAAGAACCAGUGUGAGGAAUGCGGUCGUGUCCUUAGCAGCGGCGCUGCCCUGGAGAGCCACCUCAGUCUCCACACGGGUCACAGACCCUUCUGCUGCACGCACUGCGGGAAAAGCUUUCCCGACGCCAAGGGUCUCAAACGGCACGGCAUCGUCCAUCGCAACGGCCGGCUCCAUAUUUGCCAGCAGUGCGGCAAAGGCUUCGUCUACGGUUUUGGCCUCAACAAACAUCUCCAGAUGGUCCAUGGCAAACAUAAGCCCUUUGUCUGCCAGCUCUGCAACAAGGCCUUCUUCACAAAGCGAGAUGUGGAGAUCCACAUACGGACCCAUACGGGGGAGAAACCAUUCCACUGCCAUUUGUGCGAAAAGAGAUUUGUAAGGAGUGUGGAACUCAAUGCGCAUCUGAGGUGGCACAGUGGUGAGAAACGGCACUGGUGUCCCUAUUGCGGCAAAGGAUUUUUCGACCAGAACAACCUGAAAAGACACAAGUACAUCCAUACGGGAGAGAAACCACAUUCUUGCCCUUAUUGCCCCAAACACUUUACACAGUCUGGACACUUGAAGAAGCAUGUUAAAAAUGUACAUAAAGUGCAAUGAGGGAGGGAGAGAGAGAGUGUCAACUUUUUUUUAUGUUUUGUUAAGUACAAAUCUCUCGUGUUUGGGUCCUAUAUGUACUGUAACAAUAUGAAUAUCUGUAAAAUAAGCAAUGACGUUUUCUGUGUUGUCUCUUAAAUGUUUGUGUAAAAACGGACAAGUGUCAGAUGGUGAAUUGUACUUAAUGUGAAAUACUAUAAACUAAUCAAAUCAACAAAUCUUUCCUAAAAUAUGCUCAUAGGAAAAUGCUUUUCUAUUGGGAAUAAUAAAUAUUCUCUCAGCAGCUUUACGAUCAGAUUGGUUUGUUUUUCUUUCUUCGAUGCUGUGACUGUUAUUCAUUUGAUUGACUCUGAGUAUGUUUUGGCAAAAGUUUAGCAGGAAGGUGAAUUUGAUGAAUUACAUUUUUGGGAUUGGAGAAAAUGGCUGGACGGUCCAAAAAAUGUCUUUUAGCAAUUGUGAAAAACUGAACUAGCUUCACAACGAUGCCGGUUUUUGGUUUCUUGACAAAUACAAAUAUGAAACACUU